UAAAUAUUAUUGUGAAACGGUAACAAUUGACUUGUCCGCUAUUUCUUUUUUUGCUUUUCUUUUUUUGUAAUUUAUCGCAUCUGGGUGUAAAUCGAGCAUAUUAUCCGUUCCUUUUCGGCUGUGGAGGGGCUGGAUCUGGAAGGCGAAAAUGUCAAAUCGAGAUUUUGAAAAAAGUGAAAAAAAGUUUGUGAAAAGCCCCCUUGGCAAGGGGAUCAGAGGAACGGGCAAAUAAACGCACAAUAGAACGGACCGAAUGUGUAUUUAAUCGCGCCCGUGUCGAAUGAGAAAAGCGCAAUAAAACGGCCGAAGGUUGUUGUCGACGAUUUAGAGCGCAGACCUUGACGUCUCCUCUGUUGUCUCAUUUCAGGUUUGACGGGCGUUAAACUAUAUAAUUUUAACUCCGACUCGGAUCAUUUUUCCUCUUUUAGAGGCGAUUUCGAGCCGAGUUUCUUUCUCGUCGGGCCUCCGGCUGAUUUCGACGAGGCUGCCGUCUCCGCUCCGGAUCGGCCCCUUCGCCACUUCCAUAAGGAUUCAGAAGCAGAGUAUCUCUCUCAUCAAAAUGCUUCUACUACUACACUUUACUCUUUACUCUAGAGAAAAUCUGAACUGAUUAUUUAGGCUAGGUAGAAUAACGUUUGCAACUAAUUUUCAAAAAUUAGUCGGUAGUUUUUGUAUAGAUAAACAGGAUCAAAUUUAUCAAUAAAAAAACAAACAGUGCUUUCAUUUUGAAGUAGACAGUGUGUUAAUCUUUGACUGAAUUUAACACAGCGGUUGUACUUCGAAUUUGUGGCUGGCGAUGCAAUGAGCAGUAGUCACCGAACUUACAGAAGGACAUGUAACAAUAAUUUAAGUGUAGACAAAACAGGGAAUAACAGCGGGACAACUGGUUUGUUUAGCGACUGUGAUGAAAGCCGAGGUGGUUUCACAUCGGCAGUUGGCUGUCGCUUGACAUUACCAUCAAUAAGUAACAGAACCAAUUAUAACAGAACCAAAUUUCCUAGAGAUAUUAUCUGUAAUAGUGUGUUUUCUUCUCCUAGAGAACCAAUUUGUAUACAGAAGCCUUUAAAGUCACCUAGACCUAGAACAACCGCUUUAAAAACGGGGUCUAGCCUUGGACAGACUUCUUCAAAGGUGUCGCUUCCCAAAGUGACAGGUAGAGGGAGGCGUGGGGAAUCCCCAGUGGAGAUAGGAGGGGACAAGAAGUCCUCCCCACCGCCCAACGAUUCAUCGCAGCCGGUGGAAGAGGAAUUAUCGGACAAGAAAGAGGGUAAGGGAAAAAACCGGAGGGUCAGAAAGAAGGACGACAAUGAAGAAGUACAGUCUGAAAAUGAUGGCGGAGGAGCCGGGGGAACAGCAAUGCUUUCUGUCAACCCUGAGCUUUCUGAGAAGCAAGCUGAGGGUGCUGACCCCGAAGUUGAUGUUGGCAGUGAAAAAAUGUCAACCCAUAAAGAGAAGGCACAGGAAGAGGAUGAGGAGAAAGCUAUAGGAGUUUCUCCAGAUGGAAGGUUCCUUAAAUUUGAGGAUGAGAUUGGGAGGGGUAGUUUUAAAACUGUAUAUAAAGGUUUAGACACACAAACGGGAGUAGCUGUAGCAUGGUGCGAGUUGCAAGAAAAAAAAUUGAAUAAAAGUGAACGGCAGAGGUUUAGAGAAGAGGCUGAAAUGUUGAAGGGUUUACAGCAUCCGAACAUCGUCAGGUUUUAUGACUAUUGGGAAGUGACAUUAACAAAACGGAAAUAUAUUGUUCUUGUCACAGAACUAAUGACUUCUGGGACACUUAAAACGUAUCUUCGGCGUUUCAAAAAGAUUAACCCAAAAGUACUGAAAUCUUGGUGUCGCCAGAUCCUCAAAGGAUUACUUUUCCUUCACAGCCGUUCACCUCCUAUAAUUCACAGGGAUUUGAAGUGUGACAAUAUUUUCAUAACGGGGACAUCGGGGAGUGUCAAAAUUGGGGACUUGGGUCUUGCGACGUUAAAAAAUAGAUCAUUUGCUAAGUCUGUGAUUGGAACACCGGAAUUUAUGGCACCUGAAAUGUAUGAAGAACACUAUGAUGAGAAUGUUGAUGUUUAUGCUUUUGGCAUGUGCAUGUUAGAAAUGGCAACUUCCGAAUAUCCUUAUUCUGAAUGCUCUGGUCCUGCUCAAAUUUAUAAAAAAGUGAUAAGUGGCAUUAAGCCACAGAGUUUUGAUAAGGUUGAAAAUCCAGAAGUUAGAGAGAUAAUAGAACAGUGUAUACGACUGAAAAGGGAGGAACGUCCUGGAAUCAAGGAACUUCUGAACCAUGUCUUCUUUGCUGAUGACAUUGGUUUAAAGCUCGAUCUUGUUUCGAGGGAAGAAGCUAUAGCUGGAGAUAGUUCUAAAGUUGAAUUUAGACUAAGGGUUUUAGAUCCAAAGAAAAGGAGUAAUAAGUAUAAAGAGAAUGAAGCAAUUCAGUUUGAUUUUGAUGUAGAAAUGGAUAAUGCAGAGGAAGUUGCUAAAGAAAUGGCCAAAGGUGGUAUUAUUAAUGAUGAUGAUGCUCGCACAGUAGAAAAAAUGCUUAUAGCCCAAAUAACAUCUUUAAAGAAAGCGAGAGAAGAUAGAAAACACCAAAUUGAAUGUGCUUAUGAUGAUGAGGCUGGUGUUAUUGAUGUGCAUGGAGUUAUGGCUGAAGGAACAUACAGCAUUUCAGAGCCAAUAAUGAUACAUGCAGACAGAGUCGUUCAAGAAGGGAUGAUGAUGUCACCCUCUCAGCAAGAAAAUUUUCUCCAAACACCAAACUUAAAUCAAUUUAUUAUUGAUGAAAGACAAUAUGAUAUGUCAAGAUCUGCUGGGGUCACUCCCCUUUUAGGGCAGUUGCCCACGGAGGCCAACUUCUCUUUGGAUCAAGAUGUUCACAGGAUUUCCACUAGUCAACCGCCUGCGAUGCAAUUACAGUACGAUCAGCAGUCCCAGGUGACACAGGAUAAUAUGCAGCAGAGGAUUUCUACUGUUCAGCAGCCGGUCCUGUCCCAGGUUCCACCUGAACACAUGAUUCAACCUUCUCAGGUGCAAGUGUCCACUCAACAGGAAAACAUCCAGAGGGUGUCAACAGUUCAAACUCCACAGGUAAUGACAGAAAAUGUGCAGAGGGUAUCUACUGUUCAGCCUCCUCAGUAUGACAUACAAAUGGGCAAUGACCCUAUGCACAUAAUGACUUCACAGCACCAAACAAUCCAGCAGCCGCAGCAUUAUGAAAUUUCUCAAAUUCAACAGGUACAAACACCUUUACAACAGUAUGACAAUCAACAGAUGCAACAGGAAAGCAUGCAGCGUAUAUCAACUGUUCAGCCUCCACAGUUGACACAACCGAUAUCGCAGAUGACUCAAGUUCAACAAGAUAUCCAACAACAAAGAAUUUCAACAGUGCAUCCACCACAAGUGCAGCAGUUGAAUACUGACAAUUUACAACAGAGAAUUUCUACUGUCCAGCCUCCUCAAAUGCAACAGUAUGAUCAAGAUAUCCAUCAAAGGAUGUCCACUGUACAACCUCCCCAAAUGCAUCAUUUUAAUCAACAAUAUGAAAUGCCUCAAGUGCAACAAAAUGAAAAUGUCCACAGGAUGUCAACUGUGCAGGCACCCCAAGUUCAACAGAUCCAGUCAUCUCAAAUUCAAUAUGAAUCAAAUGUACAGAAUGACAUGCAGCACCGAAUAUCAACAAUACAACCGCCUCAACAGUAUGAUUUACAACAGAUGUCACAAGAUGCUCACCGUGUAUCUUCUGUUCAGCCUCCUCAAGUUCAACAAUUGCCACAGACAAUGCAAAAUGACUCAAUGCAACAGAGAAUAUCAACUGUACAAGCACCUCAAGUAUCUCAACUUCAACAAGGUUAUUCUACGCCUCAAGGAGACAAUUAUCAGAGGGUGCCUGUAGUUCAGUCAUCACAGUGUCAACAGCAGGUUCCUGAUUGUAUGCAGCAUAGGGUGUCUACAGUUCAGCAACCUCAAAUACAACAUUACGAGCAACCCCAACAGCUUCACCAAGAUGGAAUGCAACAGAGGAUGUCAGUAGUACAGCCUCCUCAGAUGCAGCAGUAUGAAACACAUACAAUGAAUCUUCCUCAAAUGCAACUUUUUGAUACGCAACAGAUGCAACAACCUCAGAUUCCUCAAUAUGAUAAUAAACAGCAGACCCAACAAAUUCAACAGCCUCAAAUGUCACAAUACGAUGCUCAGCUACAGCAAUCGCAGAUGCAACAACAAAUUCAGUCAGUGAAUCAACAACAGAUUCAAGCUGAUCGUGUACAUAUUAUGUCUUCAGUUCAAGUGCCACAUGAACAACCCCAACGUAUGUCAACAGUACAACCUCCCCAAAUGGAACAAAUUCAGCAGCACAUGGCGCAAGACCAAAUGCAGUGUAUGACUUCUGUUCAACAACCACAUCACCAACAACAGUUAUCACAAGAACAGGUGCGUAGUAUGUCAACUGUGCAAGCUCCUCAGAUUAUUCAUGAACAAGUACGGAGCCUCUCAACUGUUCAUCCUCCUCAAAUUACUACAGAACAAAUUCGUAGCAUGUCUACUGUUCAACCACCUCAUAUACAACAAGAACAAAUGAGAAGCAUGUCAACUGUGCAGCCCCCGCAGCAGUUAACACAGGAACAUGUGAGAAAUUUGUCUACUGUACAACCUCCACAAAUCACACAGGACCAGGUUCGAAGUAUGUCAACUGUGCAGCCUCCUCAUUUGCAACAAGAACAAAUACACAGCAUGCCAACAGUACAGCAAUCACGUAUACAACAAGAACAAGUACGCAGCAUGUCUACAAUUCAAUCAUCUCAGGUGCCAGUAGAACAAGUUCGUACUAUAGCGAGCACACCUCAGAUGCCACAAGAGUCUCAAGUUAGGAGUCUACCAGCAAUGCAGCAACAACCACAAAUUCCACAAGAACAUGUUCGAAGUAUGUCAACUGUCCAUCCUCCACAAAUUCAACCAGAGCAAGUAAGGAGUAUGUCAACAGUACAGCCUCCUACAAAUAUUCAGGCUCAGAUGAACCACGAACAUGUUCAACACAUGCAGAUGCAGGACCAAAUUCAGCUGACUUCUCAUAUACAGUCAGACAUUCAAAUGCAGCAACAAAUUCAACAGGACCCAAUGCAUAGAGCAUCGACAGUUCGAAGUACUCCAUUACCUCCUGAACAAAUGCAAGGAAUGCCAUCUGUCCAACAGUCUCAAAUGCCUCCCAUUCAACCGACACAGAUUACACCAGAACACAUGCAUCAAAUAAGCAAUGUUCAAGUACAGCAAAUACAACAACCUCAAAUUCAAAACCAGACAUUUGAAAAUAACCAGCAGAUCCAGUUAGACAACAACCAGAUGCAGCAAAUGAUUUCAUCUGUUCAGCAUCCUCAGUAUGAUUCACAAACAUCUCAGUUGGUUUCUCAAAUCCAACAGUCUCAAAUACCUUCCCAACAGCAGCAACAUAUUCAAGCAGAGAUGCAACAGAGGAUGUCUUCUGUGCAACCUCCACAGCUGUAUGAUAUACAGCAGUUAGGAAUACAACACCAAUAUCAAGACAUGCAUCGUAUUUCCACCGUGCAAGCACCCAAUUUAGAUCCUUCACCACUUACUAACACAGUGCAGCCACCUAACAUGUUAUUAAUGCCACAGCAAGUCGAUCAAACUUUAAAGGACCAGAUUACACCCCUUUUAGAAAUGCCCAGGAUGGAAAGUGGGGGAGUCUCCCCUAUGGUCGCAUCUGAACCGACAACAAUCUCCUACACAAGUAUGAGUUCUAGUCAACAACAGCCAUCGGAACAUUUUCCUAUUCAGAAUACAUCCGAAUCCACUACACCUCAGAGCCAGGAGACUUUACCAUCUUUUCCGUUGCAACAGCAACAGUCAUGCCAAACUUACCAAACCAUUUCUCAGCAACAACAGCAGCAGCCACAAAUGUUGGCACAACAUUUUCCCACUCAGCAAAUAAUUCAAGAGCAACAGAUCAUGAAUAAAGACUCUCCUGUUUAUCAUACUCAACAAAUGGAUAUGAGGCAUGGUUUUCAACCAUUGCCGAAUGAACAGGUCCAACAAAUCAAAGCUGCAGCCAUUUCAGGCCAGGGUGCAAAAGGACAGAGGAGUAUAAGCACUGUUCUACCUCCUUCCACGCAAACUAUCAGUGAGCAUGAAGCAAACCUAAGAAGACACUCUGCUGAAGCUAUCCCAGCACACUCGGAUCUACCCAAAGCAGAUGCCGUGGACACAACAGCGGAACAGGGGUCAGAAGAAGCAAAUGGUGCCUCUACACAGGAUGGGGAUCAAAGUGGUGGAGCUGGUGUGAAAAAAGGUCCUGUAAAACGACGCAGCAGAGCGAAUGGGCCAAAACUGAGUGUACUAUCUGCCUCUGAAGGAAAUGUUGAGUGCCAGCUUGAAACUGGAAAGCAGAAGACGAUUACGUUCAAGUUUUCUAUGGAAGAUGUUGUUCCUAUUGAUAUCUCCAAUGACCUCGUGCAGAGGAAACUUCUGGGCUCUUCUCAGGCCGAUCUCUUAGUGGAGCAGUUAAAUGAAGUUAUUCGGCAGUUGAAAGAACAUCCGACAAAACUCCCAAUUCUUGAACCACCUCCAAGCCCUGCAAGAAAACCACCAUCAUCUAGGGUGCGGCAUUGGUCGUUGACAAGGCACAGGGCUCUUGUCACUCCGCACAGGCACUUCAGAUCGAAAGAUGAAAGUCCUCCAUCAGAGCUGGAUACGAACGUCUCAAGUUCAAGCCCCAACAGUACCCCUAUGAGAAAAAUAUCUAGGUUUUUAGUUAGCCCUGUAGUUGAAUCAUCGACAAAAGUUGUUGCGCCAAAAGAAAUAUUAGAAUCUGCUGAGCACCAUGAAUCUGACCAUCUACCAACUUCUGUAGAAGCUGAGGAAAAUGGAGGUGGAGGUGAUGGAGAUAUGGGCUCUGGGGACACAGAUAUAAACACACACACAAAACUUUCACAUCAUAAUUCUCUUGAUAGUAGUAACAGUGGCCCAGUGACUAUUGCAGAUUUGCACCAAAAGCUAGUGCAGCUGACUUGCCAGCCAUGUGAGCUUUCGCUGGGAGGGACGCCACCGUCCCACCCGGCCACACCACAUGCUCAGUCCUCGUAUGAUACCUACAUGCACACUCUGCAGCAGAAACUUGCUUCGAUAUCAAUGGCAGGAGGACAUGCAAUUUCUGGAGCUUCCCCACAAAAUACAGUCCAUGGGCAUAGUGGAGGGCCCUCAAGUGACGAAGCACUUGAUACAUCAUCAGUAUUAUCAGUAGCAGAAGCAGAAAUCAAAUGUGAGGACACAAUGGUCGCUGAAGGAAAAAUGGUGACUUCGAAUUUUCCAAGUUGUGUUGAAUCAAUUGUGGGCUCGCCAGUAUCGAAAGAAGACAAAACUAAAAAAAAUCCACCAUCUGACCUCCAAAAUCUUGAACAGGAGUUGGCCAAGCUGAGUAGUGGAUAUAAACGUGAAGGUGGCUCAAAUAGUUCUCAGUUUUCUUUACAUCUAACUGAAGGUGUGGAUGAUGGUGAACACAGUUCUCACGCUCCAGUUAGAAAAGUGUCGAGAUUUCAAGUCAGUUCAGUACCUGAAACUGUUCCUCCUGCUGAUGUGUUACAAUCUACUGGUCCCAAUAUUGCAAAAAGAGCAAUAAGCAGUGUUCAACCACCUACCUCUCUCCCGGGUGGACUCUGGCGUUGGCCAAGUGACGGGAACAUUGCUGGAGACCGGACGAAUUCGAGGCGAAAAGGGGUGGUUCAGAGUCAGAAGGAUGGCAGAGGCGGCAGCCAUGGCACAGAGAGGCGGCAGCCGAGGACCCUCGGCUCUGGUGAGAUACCUUCUCGAAAAUUGACUCCAUACACUCCGUGGUUCUUCAGUAGUCAGCAGGAACCUGAAGAGGAACCGAUUAAAAACGAGACAAACAAUGAAGAGCUGAGGACGCUGUUGCUCAGGCAAAAAAUGGAGUUGGAAGCUCUGCAAAAAAAACAUAGAGAAGAGGUUGAAGCUUUAUGCAGGCAUCUCGCAUCGACCACAAAUUAUGCUGGUAACGGCCAUGGAAGCAUGGAAGGGUAUUGUACAGCACCGCAGUCUCCUGAACAGUCAUGCUCACGAGUAACUUCACCAAGCCUUUCGAUGAAUACUAUUAAUAAGACAGAAUCAACUGAUAAAAACUAACGCCUAGUCUUCUGAAUUUCCCUUACUUCUCUCCUGAUAUAUAUUUGAUUCCCUUCCCCCUUUAUAGUUCGCUCAGACAUAUAUUUAAUAAUAUUGUUAAUUUUAUAUAUAUAUUUAUUUAAAAGAAAGAAUGUAUAUUAAAUUUUUUAAUUGUUUCUCAUUUCUAAUUCAAAUAUCCUGUAUUUUUGUUGUUUAAAUUUAAAUUGUGAAUGUAAGAAAGAAAGUGAGAACAAAUUUAAUUGAAUAAACAGAGGUGUUUAAAUAAAUGAGCUUAACCGGAUUUAAGAAAAAAAUUAUUUAUUUAAUAUGAUACAAAAUAACUAGAAAAUUGUUUAUAUGAGUAUAUCACACAAUGUAAUUAAUUUAAAAAGCCUAGAAUUUUACGCUUGUCUUAUGCCUAGUCCAAAAGUAUAAGUAAAGAACUGGGUUUUAAAUACCCAAAAAAUGUCAUUUUAAAUUAUUUGAAAUAGCAGAAAGAUUUCCUGAUGCUUACAGUUCAGUUUUUGUACUGCAAAAUUGUAAAUACAGGGGUCAAAUUUUAGCUGCUGUUCUGCUUACACUUGCUUUCUUCUUUUUGCUGUUUAUUUUUCAGGAGGUACUGAAAAACAACAUUAGCAACAACGACGGAGAGAGCAAGAGCCCUUGUGUAGGUGUAAUUUACAAUACUGAAAUUACAGAAAAAAAAAAACUGUGCCUAAAAAUACACCCCUUGGAUGUUUUGUUGGAUUUGUAUAUGAUAUGUUUUUUCUUUUAAUUUUUAUUGAUAAAAUUAAUUCAAGACUGAAUGAAAAAAAUAAAUAAGAGAAGAUAUGAGGAAAGGUCUCUUUUUAGGAAAAUAUACAUUUUCAAGUGACUUAGGAAUUUUGGAAAAAAAUAACUAAAGUAUUAUAUUUGCAAAAAACUUUCUUCUACUGAAUACCCUUUAUAAUUAGAAAAUGUUAUUUAAACAAAGUUUACAACAUUGUAUAUAAAUUAAUUCCUCUUUUUUUCUAAUUAAAAUUUGAGUUUUUAAAACUUACUUGUAUAAAUUAAUAUAUUCAUUUAUUUCAAGAGAAAAACCUAGUUUUGUGGAACAUAUAUUUGAAUUAUAUGGUCAUUGUUUCAUUUAGGCUUUAUUUUACUGCAUUA